CCGGCACUGGCGGCGGGCGGGACCGCGGGGCGCGCCCGGGGCGGCGGGGCUGGGCAGAAAUGGCCUCGUGUGCAGCCGCCGGUCCGGCCGUGGGACCGUAUCCCUCCGCCGCGCUGCGCGCCGACAGUUGCGGCCGCCCCGGGGCCGUGCGGGCGGGGGCGGCGCUGCCGCGGGGCUCCCGAGGAGGAGCCGGCCAGCGACGCGCCUCGCUCGUCCCUAGCCCGAUGUCGCCGGCGCCCGCUGCUGUGCCCGCGGUCAGGCGGAGCUCCCGAGCUGCCGCCGCCUCGUCGGCCGCCCCGCGCUUUGUCCCGGCGCUCGGCGGCCGCCGCAGCCCCUGGCCGGCUCCCGCGGCAGCGCUGCUCCCCGGCAGCCCCGGCGGGCGGGGGCAGUGUCAGCCCGCCGCUGGGCUGGCGCUGGCCCUGCGUCGCCGCCGCGUUCCGCUGCCGUGUUUGUACAUGGCAGGUUCGCCCUGUGGCACGGGCAGUCUGUGUGUGAGCUCUGAGAGUGCUUCGAACUUUUUCUAGUAUUUCUCCUGACUGUGGCCUUGUCUGAGUCUUGCAAUCUUACCUCUUCUUUGUGUGUGGAAAAUAUCCAGCUGUGGAAGAAUUGAAGUCAAGUAUUUUCUUAACAUGAGAAUGAAAUGGAGAAGUUGUAGAGCUUUGAGAGUAACUUGGCACAGUUGUCUCAUUUGCUGCUGGAAGUAAGACUAAAUCUCAAGAAUUCAUGUAAAGAAAAGUAGAACCUAAAAUCAUGUCAUCUGAACAGGAACACUUUUUUUGUGACAAAAAGCAAAUCAGUUUCUUAAAACACAAUGCUAUGAAGAAUUUUUCUACAGACGUUACUUUGAAAAAAGACCUGGUGAGUGAUCCUUCAAGUAUGACCAUUCAACCAGCAAUUUUAGAUGUCAAUCUCGCUUAUGGACUAAAAAACGUGAAGAUUGAAUUGCCCAGGGUGAACAUUCCAAAUGAAGUAUUAAUGAAACAUGAAGUUGAUAGGUUUAGAAAACUCUUUCAGUGUAAGCAGCAAACUGCUAGGAAAUCCUUACAUCUAGAGAAAAUAAGCGGAAGCAAUCUCAGUUGUUCAGAAAGAAGCCACUUGCAAGUUAAACCAGAAGUGCAAUUUGAAGAAGGGUUGAAAACUGCAGCAAAGAUACUGAAUUUCACUUGUACGAAGUGCAAAGAUAACAUUAGAUACAGCCCAAAUGACCUGCAGAAACAUUUUCAGCUGUUACACUAUGGUGAGUUGCCUCUGUAUCCUUGUGAGAUGUGCAGCUUCUCAGCUAAUGACUUUCAGUCGUUUAAACAGCACAGACGCAUCCAUCGUAGCACUUUAGUAAAAUGUGAGCUCUGUAAUGAUGAGCAGAUAUAUACUUUGUUGGCUUUGACAAAACACUUCUUAUCAAAGCAUUGUGUAAAUGGACACUUUCAGUGUGAAAAAUGUGGGUUUUCUACCCAUGAUGUGGGUACGUUCGUUCAGCACAUUCACAAACACAAGGAGAUUCCCUAUAAAUGUGGAAAAUGCCAUCAAGAAAACUUUACGGAAGAGGAGCUCCAAAAUCAUCUCCUUGUUCAUACCAGUGUGUUUUCUUUUGGUUGUCCUUAUUGCAGCUACAGCACAUCCAGGAAAGAUUAUCUUUUAAAACACAUCAUAGCUUUACACAGAGACCACUUAAUUGCAAAAGAAAAACUGGAAAAGGAUAAAUAUGAAAAAAGAAUAGUAAAGACUCCAACAGGACUGAAACUUGUAUUAAGAAGGUAUAAAAUGGGAGCAUCAAAAAAAACAUUCUGGAGACGGAAGAAGAUAAGCAGUGGAAGUGACAGUGCUGGAGAAGAAAAUACAGAAGUGCUAAGAAGUGUGAAUAAAAUUCAGCCAAAUGCUGAGGAGCUGAACCAGUGUAUGAGAGACGUGGAAACAAAUGAAGAGGAAGAUCAAGUUAAAUACACGGAAAAGCGUCAUUUCAUGGGUGGAAUGCUCUCUGCUAAUACUGCACAAUACAAUAAGGCAGAUGAUGGGACAAGUUAUGGCCUGGGAUUAUUGAAAAGUGCUGUUCAUGGGCCAACAGUACUGAUGGUUAAAAACAAUAAAAUAUCUGUACCAGCAAAUUACAGUGCUAAAUUUAUGGGCUUUAAAAUGGUAGAUGGAAAACAACAUAUUGUUAUAAAAUUACUACCUACAAGUAAGCAAAAUGAACAUCUGUUGGGUCAGAAAGUUGAUCCUGUUAAAGAUGGUUCUGCAACUCCUUUGCUACAGACUGCUGAUCCCUGUGGCUUGUCUUCAGGUGCUAUGCCACAUGUAACCGAUCAGUCAACUUUAAAGAACAACUGUGUUCGUCCAUUAACCUCCCCUCCGUUUUCUUGUCCUGCUCCUCAUUCAGGAAAAACAAAAAUGGAAAAGCAAAAUAACUCCAUAUUGUAUGGUAGGAGAGUUUCUGAAACUGUAGCACCUUCUAAUAUAGCUGAAGGAAGAAGUCCAAAUUGUUUAUCAAUGAAGCUGGGCUCAACUGUACCUCCACAUGAAGAGGUAACAAAAGUUGGAACUCAAACUAGUAUCUCAUGGGGAAGCUUUCGUCCUUCAAGUCAUCCUCAGGUAUUAUCACCCGCUAUUACAAAUAACCUUCAUUAUGACCGUAUGAAAAUGCCCUACUUUCCUGAACUGAAAAUGCAAAAUGGUGGCCUGAGUAAUAGCAAUGGAACUAAUAAUCUCUAUUAUUCAACCUCAGUGGAUUCACCUAAUGAAGGGUUGUUGUCUUUUCACAACUAUUCCAAAAUGGACUCUUUGGAUAAUCCAUGUAGCAUUUGGACGUCAACAGAUGACAGGUACAAAGAAUUUAGCAGAAGAGGUUCUUUUCAAAACAGUAGAAAUGAACCUCCAUCUCCACAUUCAGAGUCAAUGAAAGGUUUGAAAGCAGAGAAAAUUGUGUCAGCCCAAUCGAAUAUUAAUAAAACUUACAAACACAUAAACACUAAGAAUAACUCUGUGUCUUUUAAAAGCCAAUCUGAAUGUGGUGUUAACAGCAACUGUUUUACAGAGGACAAGCAUAAUGGCCGACAGUAUUUGGACACUAACAGAGAGCAAGGCUUUCAGAAUGUAGCUGAGAAAUUCCAGGAAAAUGCCUCUGGUGGUGUUAACUCUUUCUUAAUGCCUAAAAUCACAUCUGUUUUCUCAUUACAAAGUGAGCAGGCAGCUAAUUAUUUAUCGCCUGAGAUAAACCAAUUACUGCAAGAUGUGUUAAAAGUAAAAACAGCUUCUCAGCAGGAGUUCCACAGCAAGACUAACUGUGUCAAACUUCGUUCUGAUAAGCUGCUUUCUGGUCCUGAGACCAGGAAUGCAGCCUGCGUGCGUUUAAAAAGCUCUGCAGCUGCGUGUGGUUUUCAGAGGCCUCCUCCUAAUGUACACUUCCCUUUAUGUAAGAGAGAGUUCAACACAAGAUGUAGCACAAAUGAAGGUACAUGUUAUGGGAGAGAAAUACAGACACCCAAAACAUCACUUGAUUCACAGGACGUGGACAAAUUAUCCAGAACUCCGGGUGUCGGUACGUUGCUAGAAACUUCUACAGAUGAGUUUACACAGCAGUUAGUAAAAGAAAAAGUACUGUCUGCAGCUCAAAAUCCUAGCAGCUUUUCACCAGUUUUGCCUGUUCUUCAGGAACAAAAGAAAGCCCUUUUUGUUCAGUCCCUUCCGUCACGAUUUUUCGUUCCUUUCCACCUUUCUAACCAGUCUAGGCAGCAGGUGGUGUCAGGAAAAUCUCUUCCAUCAACCAGUUCAUCAGAUGGGCAUGUUACUAAAGGUGUACCUGCAUCUUGUGUUUCAAAUAAAGGACCUGGAAUGAUUUUGACUUUUAGUGGGACAGUUGGAACAGUUGCAAAUGCCGCUAAUGGUAGUUCUCAGGUUUUAGGGGGAAUUGCUUCCAGAGAAUAUGGGAAAAUACCAGCUUCAGAAGUGAAGGGGAAAAAUGGCAGUUUUAGAAAUGUAAGAAGUUCCUGUAAUGGGGAAGUAUGUGGUACAGUAAAUGACUCAUUGAAUAGUAUGCCAUUCAAAGCACCUCUUGUAGUUACAAACUCAUCAGAGUUGUCUGUGAAGGCAAAUGCUUCUGUGAAGGUGUUACCAGAGCACCAGGAUGCUGUCUUUGGUUCCUUGGAGUCAGUAAAACAGCAGGAAAUUAAACAGGAACAACAUGUUUAUGCACUUUCGCCUGAUGGACAGCAGGGAGUUUUUCUGAAGUGUUUGACACCAAACAAGCCUGUAGUUCAUAAACCAAUUUUUUUUCAGGAUAAUGCUCAUCAGAAUUGUCAACCAAAGAAAACUGGAGCCAUGCAACAACAGCCUUUGCUGAAAAUUAAGACUCCUACUUCAGAUACACUGUCUGAUAACACUCAGUCAGUAAGCAACUUGGUGCCCUCACUUCAGGUGGAUAACUUGCAGUCCCUUACUCCUGCACUAGCACAGAAACAAACUAAUCUUAGUUUUAACGAUGCCUUAAAUUUUCCAGGUGGGUUAAUGCCAGCAAAUGCCUCUUUGGCAAGCUCUAAUCCAGCAUGUCAUGUUCCUCCUGUAGAACCUGUUUGUUCUGCUGGAUCUGCGGGGACACGGUUGCAGAAAUGUUCUAUUGAGAGUAUGCAAGUAAUAGCUGCUAACAAGAGGAAUAACUCUGGUUGUCAGAAGUCCACAUGGAGCACCCAAAACAGAACUGCAAAAGUAAAACCUAGUUUAAAACAAGCUGGAUCUAAAAGUUCAGGAACUGUGGGUGGGCAAAGAAACAAGAAUUUCAAACGUAAAAGGAAGGCUAGUUGUGCAGAACCUCCUAGAAAGAAAGCAGUGUUGCACAGAAGGUGUAAACAAAAGAAUCAGACUGCAAUUGUUAGUGAAUCAGGUAGCCCUUACAAACCAAGGGCAUCAAAAAAAACUGUGAGGACUUUGAAAUUACUCCCUUUUAAUUCUAACCAGCUUAUAAAAUGCCCUCGGAGAAAUCAACCAGUUGUUGUGCUUAAUCAUCCUGAUGCAGAUGUUCCAGAAGUUGUAAAUGUAAUGAAAACUAUUGCUAAAUUUAAGGGACAUGUUCUUAAGGUUUUAUUGUCAAAAAGAACUGUUGAUGCUCUUCUGCAGCCAGACUUCUGCAAUCCUUCAGAUGUAACUACUGAUAAUUUUUCUCAAAAAAGAUACAGGACAAUAAAACCCCUUAACCCUGUAAAAGAAAGAUUUGUCUUAAAAUUGACGCUGAAAAAGACUAGCAAAAACAAUUACCAGAUUGUGAAAACUACCUCUAAUAAUACCUUGAAAGCUAAGUUUAGCUGCUGGUUUUGUGGUAGAAUAUUUGACAAUCAGGAUAAUUGGGUAGGACAUGGACAGAGGCAUCUGAUGGAGGCGACUCGAGAUUGGAAUUCAUUAAUGAAAUGAGGAGCAGUGAAGAAAAUAGUCAUUAAAGUUAAAAAAAAAAAACCCAGUUGGAUUAGAAUACACAGGUCAUUCUGUUUUGUAUGUCAGUAUUGUAACUGAGGUUGAAAAAGGAUGCAAAGUGCUUGUGUUUUAAAAUUUCCUAUUGCCAUCAGAUUUGAGAAAGAUCAAAGAACAUUGUGGUUUAAAUAACUUGUAACUAACUGCAAAUACAAUUCCAUAAAAAUAUAUAUUAUUUUUAUUACUGCUAUCAUGUGCUAUAUUUUUAUUCUAUAGAACGAGUCUUCAGGGCCUUUGUUCUGUACAUACUUAAAAUCCCUAAAUCUGUAAAUAUUUUUAUACUUUUCAGUUACUUGGUAUAAUUCUUGCACAGAAAUUACACCCUUUUCCCCAGUUUUUCAGUUCUGUGCAUGCACUACUAAAACCAAUUUUAAAAUAUUUUCAAAUACACACAGCUGUUAUCCUGGGAUUUUUGUUACUUUCACUUAUUAGCUCUUGAUUUUAUUUUUCAGGGAUUGAACACUAUUAUUAGCAAGUGCCUCAAAGAUGUGAAGCAGUUUACAUUAUGUUGACUGUGUAACCAUGGGUCCGUAUAGGGCCAUUCCCCCACAGUUUCAUUUAAACAAAGCCAUAUGUGAAUGCUUUAAGCUAUUUUGCUAUGCACAUGACACUUGUACUAUUUCUGUGCAGUUUGUCUACUUUCUUAGUGAAGUAUUUUUCAUAUAAAUUAAUAAAACAUGUUAUGAUUGUGUUAAUACGGUGAGUCAGAAUGAAAUUGAUUGAAAAUAUACAGUAUAUAUAUUCAUAAUGUAUAUGGUGUUUAAGAAUGGUGAACAUUCCUAAUCUGUAUUGAUUUUGUUACUAUUAAAUUUGCUAUAACUUGUGUUUACAGCAUAUGACUUUGAGCAUUUAUAGAA